CGCACCAGCGAAGUUCCAGCAUGUCCUAGUGAUAUUUACCGCCUCUCCAGACCCAUUCCUAACGUCUAGACUGGGAAUCCUACUCUGAAACGUCCUUUAGUAGAUAAACUCCACAAGUUAUUGGAAAUCCAGAUCCCGAAGAGAUGAAGUGGAGUUUGGUGAUGCUACUUCUCCGGCUUCUUCUACAGUCGCCUCCCAGUUUUUCAGCGGAUGCUGAGCUAGAAAUUCUUGAUCUUCUUUCUCUAUCGGAGUACAGAAGUUAUGUGGACCUGCUCCAGCAAGCACUCACUGAUACUCCAGCGGUAAAUGAGAUCCACAUAGUGUCAACAAUCAAAUUACAACCAAAAACUGUUGCUGUCAUUUUCGGACUUUAUUCCACAAGAAGCAAUAUGAGAUACUUCGAAUUUUCAGUUCUGGGUCGACUGAAUAAAGUCAGCAUCCGAUACUUGAAAAAUGACGGGAAGCCACAGGUGACUACAUUUCACAAUAUUCAUCUGGCUGAUGGGAAACGCCAUGCUGUCCUCCUGCAGAUAAAGGGAUUGCAGCAAGGGCCUGCAAUGGCCAAGCUCUACGUGGACUGCACGCAGGCCGGCUCAGCUCACAACUUGCCACCGCUCUUCACAAAGAUGCCGCAGAGUGCCGAUUCCAUUGAAAUCCGGACAGCCCACAGAAGGGCGCAGGAUUCUGUAGAAGAUGUGAAGUUCGUCCUGGGAGGGUCGAUCGAUAAAGUGGCAGCACUCCAGGACUGCAUGUUACAGCAAAGCGAUUCUGCCGGGAUUGCAGGUGAUUCUGGGAGACAUUUGGUCGUGCAGAUGACACAACUCAAUGAAGUGCUGGCAGAAAUGAAGCAACUUCUCAGACAGCAGGUUACAGAAACCACCUUAUUACGACAUACUAUUGCUAAAUGUCAGGCAUGUGAUAUUGGACUAACUGACCUGGAAGAGCUCAACCUUCUCAUGGUCCCCACCAUUUCUAAACCACGCUGUACUGCUAAGUCCUGUUUCCGUGGCGUGAAGUGUAUUGAGACUCGGGAUGGAUUUCGGUGUGGACCGUGUCCGAAAGGGUUUGUAGGGGAUGGCAUUCGAUGUGCUGAUGAGGAUGAGUGUCAGAUAAGCCCAUGUUCUGCUGGAGUUCGCUGUGUGAACACCUUCCCCGGAUACAAGUGUGAGGGCUGUCCAGCAGGCUACACUGGUGGGACUGUUCAAGGGGUGGGAUUGGAGUAUGCAAGGUUAAAUAAACAGGUCUGUGUCGAUAUAGACGAAUGUAGUGAUGGAAGGAACGGAGGCUGUGCUCCCAAUUCCCAGUGUAUCAACACCAUGGGAUCGUACCGAUGUGGAGACUGUCAGAGCGGGUACAUAGGCGACCAGCUGAGAGGCUGCAGACCUCAGAAGAGCUGUAACAACAAACUCCUGAACCCCUGCCACGCUAAUGCACAGUGCUUUCUGGAAAGAGAUGGGAUCAUUUCUUGUAUUUGUGGAAUUGGUUGGGCUGGAAACGGCUACAUCUGUGGCAAAGAUACUGACAUUGAUGGAUAUCCUGACCAGGAGCUCAGAUGCCCUGAUAAGAGCUGCAGAGAGGAUAACUGCAUAUUUGUUCCUAAUUCUGGGCAAGAAGAUGCUGAUGGUGAUGGUGCAGGUGAUGCUUGUGACGAUGAUGCAGAUGGAGAUGGCAUUUUUAAUGUGCAGGAUAAUUGUGUGCUGGUCCGAAACAUUAAUCAGCUGAACAUUGAUGAAGAUAACUAUGGUGAUGCUUGUGACAACUGUCGAUUGUCAAUUAACAAUGAUCAAAGAGACACAGAUAACGAUGGGAAAGGUGAUGCCUGCGAUGACGACAUGGAUGGAGAUGGGAUCAAAAAUUUCUUGGACAAUUGCCAGAGAGUUCCCAACGUGGACCAGAAGGACAAGGAUAACGAUGGUGUCGGAAAUGCUUGUGACAGCUGUCCUGAUGUGAUCAACCCUAACCAGUCUGAUAUUGACAAUGAUCUUGUUGGAGAUUCAUGUGACACAAAUCAAGACAGCGAUGGAGACGGGCACCAAGACAGCAAUGACAACUGCCCCACCAUCAUUAACAGCUCCCAGCUCGACACAGAUAAGGAUGGGCUUGGAGAUGAGUGUGACGACGAUGAUGAUAAUGAUGGAAUUCCAGAUAUUCUCCCGCCCGGCCCAGAUAAUUGUAGGCUGGUAGCCAAUCCAGGCCAGGAGGAUGAUAACUUUGAUGGAGUUGGAGACAUUUGUGAAGGUGAUUUUGAUCACGACACCAUCAUUGAUAGAAUAGAUGUUUGCCCUGAGAAUGCAGAAGUUACCUUAACAGAUUUCAGAGCAUACCAGACUGUUGUCCUUGAUCCGGAAGGGGAUGCACAAAUUGAUCCAAACUGGGUGGUGCUCAACCAGGGAAUGGAAAUUGUGCAGACAAUGAACAGCGAUCCUGGCCUGGCAGUUGGCUAUACUGCUUUUAAUGGAGUUGAUUUUGAGGGCACGUUCCACGUCAACACCAUGACCGAUGACGACUACGCUGGAUUCAUCUUUGGAUAUCAGGACAGCUCCAGCUUCUACGUGGUGAUGUGGAAACAGACCGAGCAGACGUACUGGCAAGCUACCCCAUUCCGUGCUGUGGCUGAGCCAGGGAUCCAGCUCAAGGCAGUCAAGUCAAACACUGGGCCUGGUGAGCACCUACGAAAUGCACUCUGGCACACUGGAGACACCACAGAUCAAGUCCGAUUACUAUGGAAAGACCCCAGAGAUGUGGGUUGGAAAGACAAAGUCUCCUACCGCUGGUUUUUGCAGCAUAGACCCCAAAUUGGAUAUAUCAGGGCAAGGUUCUAUGAAGGUUCCGAUCUGGUGGCUGAUUCCGGGGUUACUAUAGAUACGACCAUGCGAGGAGGUCGACUGGGAGUGUUCUGCUUCUCUCAGGAAAACAUCAUCUGGUCCAACUUGAAGUACCGUUGCAAUGAUACAGUUCCAGAAGAUUUCCAAGAGUUUGGAGCACAGUAAUUGCAACCAAUCACCUGCAAAAGGAAAGACUGUAGAGGAGAUAUCAUGUGGAGCUGGUCCUGAAUAUCUGAGCAGGAAAACAGCUGUGAACAAAAUGAGUUCAGCAAGAAAUGUUGAAGUUUAUGUACAGAGAUGGUCUGUCUCUGAGAUAACCAGGUUGGAUACAUAUUAAAAAUUGCAAUAAACCAUUUUAAGAAGCCAUGUUUAAUCACACUUUUUGAUGUUUUACUUUGACUUAAAUGGCAGAACAGAAGUUUGGCAUCAAUGCUAUUAAUGGCAUUUUAUUUAUUGUUUUGACAAUGCAAAGUACUUUUUUUUCUUUCAUAUGUGACUGCAUAUAGUUUCUAGUUUCCUUUUACUAUUGUAAUCAGAUAUUGGUAACACUAACAAGGUAGCAUUUAUUGUCAAUCCUAGAUUUGCAUUUUUGUCAAUGGUUGUACUGUACACUUUGCUACUAGUAGAAUACGGUAAAAGCAUCAUAAAUUUAAAGGAAGUUAUAGGGCAGCAGGGUUCUCCAAUUCAGUCCCAUCUCUUAUUCAUUUACUGGUCUUUCCAGAGUAAUCAGUGGAGGAUGCUCACAAAAUUCCAAGACUCAGGCAGAGAAAAUCAAAAGCAAAGGAUUCAGGUUCUGAUCCUAGCAAAUAUUAGCCACUGAAACUGUGUUUAGCCUUCAUUGUCCCUACCUACUGGUCCACUGCUAAGAUCAGUUGCUCUGCCAAGUACAGCGCUUGCCCAAACCAUGCCCUGAAUAUUUGGAAGAGGAUCCACCAAGUUUAUAACCCAUCAAAUCAAUGCCAAAAGCUGCCACUGUCCAAUUUCUACCUCAGACAGUUGUUACUGUAUCAGUAAAAGUGCCUAUGGUGUUGAAGGGCUGACAAACAUCAGGCUGAUUUACUGAUGUCCUUUAAGGCAUGGUGGAGAUCCUCAUCACCUUUUCUCAAGGUGCAGUUCCAAUUUCACUCUAACAUAAACUCCAAGCAACCCAGCAAUUCAAGUCUAACUCAAGUCAUUCAUGUUUUGAACCACACUGCUCCAGGGAAAACCCAUUACCUUUGUGGGUCUUAGAUUUGGCAUUUAAUGUGGGCCUUGCCAGUGACGUUAAUAUCCUAAGAAUGAGUACUCCAAAUAUGAGAAAGUUAUAGAAUAACUAUAUCAC